AUGAAAAUUUACAUUUUGUUGUUAGCAUUGGUAGCAACAUAGUAAAUGACAGUUGUCUUAUCAUUCUUAUAACCUAACUAGUAUUAUGAUAUAUAUAGUUAGAGAUGAUGCUGCUAAUGUAAUUGAAAAUACAAAAGAAUUAAGCAAUCAGGAUGUUGAAGUUGAGACUACAACCUUAGUUUCCUAAGAUGAUAAUAAUUCAGUUACUUAAUUGUAGGACUUAGAUGAUGUUCAGUUAAAUACUGAUAUUAAUACUAAUGAUGAAUCAUAAUAAAUGUUAAAUCCAGAUGAUGAGACACCAUAAAAUAACAUUGAAGUACUUAAGUAAAAUAAUUUAGGUUGUUCAAGAGGUAGAUAUGGAUGAUAACUAUAAUGAUAACCAACAAUAAGAUUAAGAAUUUUCAGAAUAAUUGUAGGAAGUUGAAGACCAUAAUUAUGAUUAAUCAGAAUAAAAUAUUGAGUACACUGAAGAUACACAAAAUGAUCAAGAAAUUAAUAAUAAUUAGGUUGAAGCUUAGGAUGAUGUUGAAGUUUAGCCUGAAACUGAAGAUUAUACACAAGUUUAAGAUUCUUAAGAAAAUAAUUAAUAUGCUGAUGAACCUUAAGUUUAAGAUUAAUAAGAAUUCGAUGUAUAUGAUACACAAUAAGAGGUUGACAAUCAAAAUGUAUAAGAAAAUGAUGCUGAAAUUUAAUAGGAAUCAAAUGAAGAUGUUUAUGCUGAUCCUGAAACAGAUUCUGUUUAACAAUCUGAAAUUUAAAAUGAUGAAGUAUAACAACAGGAUUCUGAAGCUUAAGAUGUUUAAGUUGCAUUUGAGAAUGAUUAAAAUGAUGAAGUUGAAAAUGAAACAGAAUUUGAAUAAGAUAAUUAAGAAGCUGAAUCAACCGAUAAUUAUAUUGAUGAAGUACCAUAAGCUGAAUAAGAAGAUAUUUAAUAAUCUGAUGCUUAAGCAUCUGAAUAAGAAAAUAAUUAACAAGAAAUGUAAACUUAAGAAGAGACAAUCUAAUUCUAUGAUUCUCCAACCAACUAAAAUCUUGUCAAUCAAGAAAUUAAGUUGAUUCCUGAUGAAGAAUCAAAUAAUGCUGAAGCAUAAAUUGUUGAUGAAUAACCAAUCAUUGCUGCUGCUGAAGAAUAACAAAUUAUUGUUGAUGAAUAAUAAAAUACUGGUGAUGAAUAAUAAAAUGCUGCUGAUGAAUAAUAAAUUGUGGUUGAAAAUCAAACUUAAGAAGUUGUAAAUGAAAAUAAUUCUUCAGAAUCAGAAUCUAACAAUAGUGCUGAUCCAAAUGAUAUUAAUUUUGAUAAUAAUGACACAUUAGUAAAGUAAUUUAUAUACAUUAUUAAUUAAUAGUGAAGGAAAUGAUUGUGUCAUCAUUUAUAAUUAAUGUUAUUUCAAAGGGGAAUCUAUGAAAACUUGUGGAGAUUUAAGUUAAAUGAAGUAUAUUUUAUCAUUAAACUAUUUAGAGAUUUCUAAUAUGAGAUUAGAUCUCUAUAAAUACCAUCUGGAACUACUCUAACCAUCUUUGAUCAUCCAAACUUCGAAGGGUAAAAGCAUGUGUUCUCUCAAAGUGAAUAAUGUUUGACAGACGCUGUUUUCUUUGCUCAAAUGGUCUUCUAAAAAGAAUAAAAGUUCCUUGGUAACUAUUUCUGAUAAAAUCAAAAUAUAACAUUAAAUUAUGAUA